GGGGCAAGGCCGAGGUCUAGGCUGGAUUUGGGGUUUUAGGUGGGUGUUCGGAGGGCCAUGCAGCCCUCUUCCAGGCCUGGGCUGCUUCUGCCCAAAUACUGCAGUGUGGCCACAACCCUGGAAGCCCCUGACCUGGAUGGUGCUGCACCAUCUUCCGACCUGUCCUUCACCUGUCCCUUUGCCAUGCAAGCACCCCGGCUGCCUAGAUGCUGCACAUUUCCCAGGUGUACCUCUUGUCACCCAUGUUUCCACACUGUUGAGAGGCCGUGGCAGGGGCUUAGCUGGCUGGGAAGAGUCGGAGAUGCCACUGGCCCCCAGGUCCUGGCCAGAAGGGAACCAGAUGGCUUUUAUUACCUGGCUCAGAUAAAGGCUGCUCCAGAGUUGGAGAGGCGGGGGGCCCUGGUUGUGGAAUUUGAGGCUCCCCUUGUCACAGGCCUAAAGCUGCCAACCCAGCAGCAGAGAGUGGUAUUUCCAGAAGACGUCAUUCAGUUUUCACCAUCCGUGUCACACUCACUGCAACCAGGGGACAAGGUGCUGGCACUUUGGGAACCGGAGCAACAGCAGUACGGCCCAGGCAUUGUUCUCUUGGGCUUGAAAAAACAAAAAGGCCAAAGAGCAUCUAAAGAAGAAAUCACUGUUCACUUCUGGAAUGGCAAGACAACUGAGGUACCUCUAGACAAGGUCAGGUGGGUGCCCCCCACUGUCUGGAAGAAGGCUGUGGAGAGACUACAAACAUGUCAGACCAGGGAUUGUCACAGUUCUUGUCUCUGGGCACCUCACUGCUCUCAGCUGGGACCCAACACAGGAUGCAGCACACAGAGGCCUCCUUUGAACGUGUCCUCCUUAUGCCCUCUCUGUCUCUCCUGUGCCCACUGCCAGCUUCUGUAUAGGAGCAGCUGCCCUAUGGUGGGGCCUAGCUGGUGGCCUCUAACUAGCACCUCAGAGCUCACAACCAGAAAACUCCCAGAGCCAGAGCAGAAGCCCACGGCUCAGCUUUUGUCCCUACAAGGUCCCAAAGAGGAGGCACUAGCAACGUUCAAUUCUAAUAUGCCCUCCUCCGAGGAAGAGAAUUCAGAGAGUCACCUGGAGAUGCGACUGCCCCAGAGACAGAUGGUAAGCAGGGCAGUCAGCACUGACCCCACCCUUUCUGAGAAGUCUCUGCGGCAGCACAGGCCCUGCCAGCCUGAGUGGAGGCCCUGGAGGAGGAACGGGCCUGAGCCUCCCCCCGGAAAGUCAGGAACAAGACAUUGCCACAACAAGAAAAAAGACAAGGACAACCAACAGGACAGAUUGCAAACUUCAGUAGUGUGGACUACCCAGGAGCUAGCCCUGUGAGCCACCAACAUGAAACCAUGAUGCAGACUCAACCAGAAGCUGAACACAGACAACAAAGUCAAGGCAUUGGGACAACCAGAGGAACAAUUCCCUUAGAAGAAAAGUCCUGGGCAUCUGGGUAAAGCAGAAUGUCCGGACAGGGCACUGGAGGAACUCCUUAGGUAGUUCUUUCUGGUGUCAUAUUCUGUUUGAGGACUGUAAAACAAUGGCUCCUUCCCAGAAAACCACACAUAUGCACUGUCUUGCAUAUGUCAGAAGGCUUCCCCACCAAGUCCAUCCCAGGCUUCCAGGAGUAUGUGCAGUAACAUGUUCCCGGCACCCAACUCAGGCAGUGCACAACUACCUGUAACUCCAGCUCCACAGGAUCAGAUCCCCCUUCAGGAUUCUGAGGGUACCUAAAAUCACAGGUGCACAAGUCCACACACACAUAAUUUAAAAAACUGGGGCUGGAGAUGACUUGUUGGUUAAGAGCAUUUGUUGCUCCAGCAGAAGACCCAGGUUUGGUUCCAACACUCACAUGGCAAUUCACAACCAUCUUCUGGCCAGGUACACAUGUGGUACACAUACAUACAUUUAGGCAAAAUACUCACGCACAUAAAAAAAUCUUAAGAAGCAAGCUAGACAUUGUGGCUCACACCUGUAAAUACCAAGAUUUGGGAAGCUGAGGCUGGAAGAUUGUUUCAAGUCUGAAGUCAACCUAGGUGACACAGGCUCAUCUACAGAGUGAGAUUUUGUCUCAUCUUAAAAAAGAAAACAGAAACAAAACAAAAAUUUAAAAAAUUACAACCAGCAUAUACGAUUUAAGAUUGUUCUCUUACAGGAAGUUAAAGGAUAAUAAAGUCAACACUUGAAAAGGGGUUAUAAGAAGCAGCUGAUAGAACCUUCUACAGAAGAAGGCUGAGCAGGGGCAGGCAAGUGUCUAACACCAACUGCUUCCCUGAGAUCUCCUGCAGGUUAGCAGUAUUCGCAAGAACCUGUUGUGAGGGGCACAGGAGACUGUGGUCUUGCACUGGAGCUCCCUGGCAGUGGCUUGAUGAACUGCUUAGGAUGCCUAUUCACAGAAGGGACAGGCUGUGUCCACUGCUUUGGGCAAAUGCAUCUCAUCUCCACUGUCUUCUCAUAAAGCCUAC